AUGGUGCUUCUCCACAAAGAUUUUGGCACCUGCAAUAUCCUCGUCGACGAGGUGACCUGCCACCUGACCGGAGUGAUUGACUGGGCUGAGGCGGACAUUUGUCCCUUUGGCCUGAACCUCUACUCCCUGCAGAGCCUAACCGGGAAACUCCACCUUCGGGACGGCUGGGUGCGAUAUGACGAUUAUGACAGCCUGGACCAUGUCCUUUGGACAACAUUUAUUGGCCAAGUCGGCGGUUUGACGAGCAAGUGCAUCGAAGCCAUCCGACUGGCAAGCGUUACUGGCUUGUUGCUGUCGAGAGGCUUUACUAGCCGCCUGGCAAAUGAACCUCAGCCCGGGCCCAUUGGAGACGAUGAACACGGACGCUACAACAUGUUAUCGCUGGAUGGAUUCCUGCUAAGCCCUACAACAAAGUUUGAAGGUAUCAAUUGA